CUCAGGUCAGGGAGCGAUCCGCGCAGGAGGAUCAGACCCGGUGGGAGUGGGCUUAGGGACUCAACGCGGAUAUUGGUAUUGCGAGGGAUCGCAUCACGUGGCAGGCGCGACUGGAGAUGGUCCGGCGCAGGGAUCCUGGUCAGAAAGAUUGGCAAGAGGAGGGAGGUUGCUGCCGGGUCCCUAGGUGGGUUCGGGUGCCGCAGAUUUCCGGCUUGCCGGUGGCGUGAUCUCAGGUAGGGAGGCUCGCUGCGGGGUCAGGAUGAGACCAGAAGAGGCGAACCGGGGAAAGUUGCAGGUCCCGAUGUUUGGGCACUCCGGGAGCUGCUCUCCAGCCCCUGCUUCUGAACCUAUGGAUUCUCCAUCUAGCGUUUCUUCCUACUCUCUUUAUUCCUCUUUUUCCACCUCCCCAGUGAACAGUGACUCUGGCUUCCCCUCCGAUAGUGAGAGGGAGGACAAGUGGGCCCAUGGCCCCAGGCCAGACACUGUUGGUCAGAGGGGAGGUUCUCGGCCCAGCCCUGGUCCUAUCCGCUGCAGGCAACGACCCAAGGUUUCCAGUAAGCAACCUACAGCAUCUCACUCGGAACAGCGGGGCUUGGCUUCUUCUAUGUCAGGAUCUGGGGUCAAAAGAUCAAGAGGUGGUGAAUUGGAGACCGGUCUAAACAUCCAGGGUUGUACCACAGAAGGAGACCUGCUGUUUGCUCAGAAGUGUAAAGAGCUCCGAGGAUUCAUACCCCCUCUCACAGACCUACUGAAUGGACUGAAGAUGGGUCGAUUUGAGAGAGGAUUGAGCAGUUUCCAGCAGAGCGUGGCAAUGGACAGGAUCCAGCGCAUAGUAGGUGUUUUGCAGAAGCCACAGAUGGGAGAGCGUUAUCUAGGAACCCUGCUACAGGUAGAAGGAAUGUUAAAGACUUGGUUUCCUCAUAUAGCUGCCCAGAAGUCAUCAUUGCGUAGUCAGCUGACCAAGCAUUCUCCAGGCCACCACAGUUAUCCAGCUGCUUCCUCUCCUGCACUUUCUGUGGAAAAGAUGGACCAGACACAGCUAGGACAGCUAAUAUUGAAACCAAAGCAGCCUUGGCACCUCACUGAAUGGCCAGCUAUGAACCUCACUUGGAUCCACACUACUCCAAUUUGCAAUCCCCCUCUCAGUUCCCCAGGUACCAUCUCCUUUAGCCAUGGUCCUUUAGGCACUGGAACCAGCAUUGGUGUCAUCCUUUUCCUCCAGCAUGGAGUACGGCCCUUCACCCACUCAGCCCCAACCACUCCAGUUCCAUCUACUACUACAGCAUCUCCUGUCAUCCCUGGUGAUCCUAAGAUACUCUCUGGAGAGGGGCCUUGUUGCCACAAUUUGCCAGUAACUCUGCCAUCAGACUGGAGCUGUACCCCAUCCCCUCCUGGUGUACCCACCAUGACCAGAGAGAUGACCGUGGGAGACCUAGAACAGAUGAGAAGCCACCCUUCUGUUGCUCCUGAUGUCCCUCCUCUCAAUCCCUAAUGCAGGACUUGAGACUGUAGUUUCUAAUUUGUGUAAAUAUAUGUCUCUAUAUAUACUUUUUUAACUGUUAAUGUGUGAAUUUGUGUUGAGGGAAGAGAAAUCCUUUCUGAUUAAAUAAAUUUUAUACCUAAACAGUUUGC